AUGGAAUCGAUAAGGAAUGAAAAAUCUCGCAUGCUUACCUUCAGGAAAAGGAAGACGACUUUGCUAAAAAAGGUUUCAGAUUUCUCUAUUCUUUGUGGUGUUGAUGCAUGCGUAAUUAUCUUUGGGCCAAAUCAGAAUGAUCAACCAGCUGCCACUGCUGAGACCUGGCCUUCAAAUUCCGAUGAAGUCAGAUGUAUUAUCAACAGGUACAAGGCAUGUGAUCAGCCAAGAAAAUGUUACCAGGGCUCGGACUAUUUUACUGCCAAGAAGAAGAAGAUAGAUGCAGAGUUCACUAAAUUGCACAGGCAAGUUCUUAAAGCUAAAUAUCCUGCGUGGGAUGACCGUCUGAGCAGUUUAUCUAGCGAUCAACUAAGGGUACUUCUUGGUCAAUUGGAUACAAAAUUAAUUGAAACUGCUGAUAAAACACUCAGUAUAUUCAAAGAAUAUCAGUAUGUGAUGGAUAAUGAUGCAUCAUGGAUGCAGGCUAGUUCUCACGACGUACAAAAGUGCAGGAAGAGAAACGGUAACAACAAUGAUAAUAUGGAUUCUACUGAUUUCUUGCAGCUUGUUUCGAAUUGGAAGUCAUUCGAAGCCCAGCCGCCUAUCCCUUUCCAGCCUGAGAUGAGUUCUCCCAUGGCUAAACUUGAUCCAAAUUCAUUGAAUCAGAGGACCUAUAGCAAUGGCUAUUCAACUCUUUACUCCGAACCAAAGGCAUUGAAUGUUUUGCCGCCAGUUCAUUAUGAAUCUAAGCAGAGUGCUCAUAGGACUCCAUCACAAACAAAUAUAACUGAGGAUGCGAUGAUGAAGAUAAUGAGCUAUCAGAGCCAUAACAACUCAUUUGGUUGCCAGGCUAGUAGCAGUAACAAUCAACACCUUUCAUGCAAUGGACCUCUUUAUGUCAACCCUGCACCUUGGGCGUGGUUUAAUAAUGCCGAUUCUUCAGUGAGAUCCGUUGCCUCAACCAUGCAGCCGAUGCAGCCAUACAAGCAAUUUCCAAUGACAAGUUUUCCUCAACAGUCGCUCUUUUCUGAAAUCAAUGAAUUCAAUGGUAAUGCUGAAUUUGAGAGAAGGGAUUAA